AUGCUACCUGCGGGGGGCACAAACCGUUCGCUGCGAAGGCCGCGGUUGAACUUGAGGGCGCCGGGCGUGAGGGCGUUCAAGCAGCUGCUGCAGCGCAUGCAGCAGGCUGUGCUGAGAGACAGCGGGGUGGCCGCGGGGAAGAUGGCCUAUAGCUACGUGCACACAGACAACGGCUUCUCGGCGGCCCUCACGGCAGCGCAGGUGCAGCGCAUGAGGCGGCACCCCUCUGUGGCGUCCGUCACACUCUCUCGCACCAUCACACGCCGCCGCGCCGUCACUGCCGCCGCCGACGGGCACAAGUCUCUCAACCUGCCACAUGCCCGCACUGCUGAUGUUGCCGCUCCCGCUGCUGCUGCUGCCACUUCUGCUGCUGCCACUUCUGCUGCUGCCGCUGCUGCUGCUGCCACUCCGGCUGGAGUGUCGAGUGACGGCGAAGGCACGGUGAUUGGAAUUCUGGACAGCGGCGUGUGGCCGGAGCACCCCUCCUUUGACGACACCGGCUACAGCAGCACGCUCCCUGCCGGGUGGACGGGCACGUGUCCCACUACAAGCGACUUCGCUUGUAACAACAAGAUCAUCGGAGGGGGCAUCUUUCGCGCGGGGCUUGAGAGCGAAUAUGGAGGACACGGCCUACAUGACGACGAGUGGGCCUCCCCGCGCGAUUCUGAUGGCCAUGGCACGUGGUGUGCCGGAGCGGCAGCGGGCAACAGCGGCGUGGAGGUGCCUGGCGGAGGCACCAUCAGUGGCGUGGCUCCCAAGGCACGCCUGGCCAUCUACAGGGUCUACUGGGAUCUAGGCUCUGGCGAGUCGAUUACUACCGACGCAGAUGUAUUUGCAGCCGUUGAUCAGGCCGUGGCGGACGGUGUGGAUGUGCUCACGUUGUCCCUGGACAACACGAACAGAAACUUGGACGAGGAUGAUUGGCACAACGAGAAGUGGACCUACUUUGACGACGUGCCUUUCAUCGGCGCUCUUGCGGUGGGUGUGAGGGGCGUGCGCGCCUCUAAACUCCUUGCACCGAGGCCUGCCCUUCACCCUUUCACCACCUCCUCUUGCCUGUGUUUCCCUCUCACCCUCCUUCAAGCCGGAGCCGGAGUGACUGUGGCCUUAGCAGUGGGCGAUGACGGGAGGCCCUAUUACCGUUACCUGUACCAUUCCCACCCUGCCAUUGACAACUUUGCACCCUACUAUAUCAGCGUGGGGGCAAGUACCGUGCCUCAGGCCUCUCUCACUUCAACGUCAACAACAACUGCAGCAGAAGCGGGAUCUCCAGCAAACAUCACAGACCUAGCAGCAUCAACACAACAAGGAACCCGACUCCCUGCCACCAUCUCCCCUGCAGCCACCGCCCUCCCCAUUGUUCCUGAAUGGUCCUCCACCGGCCCUGUUGCCGUGCGGAGCUGUACCGUCUGCCGUCCGAAGAAGCCCCGCCCCUCCAACAUCAUCCUCAAGCCCGACAUCAUCGCCCCUGGAGUCAAUAUCCUUGCAUCUGCGCCCGGGACAGCCGUCGGUGAGACGGGAUCGUUUUCAGUUUACUACAAUGAAACGUCUGUCGCCGCGGCGCAUGUUGCCGGUGUUGCCGCUCUCAUCAUCCAGCAGCAUCCUGAUUGGACGCCUGCGCAGAUCAUGUCUGCAAUGAUGACGACGGCAAGCAGCACUGACAGCAGCAACAGAGUGAUUCGGAAUGUUUACGGCAAGCCGGCAACGCCGUGGCAGAUGGGAGCGGGGCAUGUGUUUCCCGCUAGGGCGCUUGACCCUGGGCUGACCUACGAUGCUGGGGAGCAAGAUUUUUGCAACUUUCUUGCUGGAUUGAAUGUUACGAUGGCCCGAGAGACAUUCGGGCAGGUGAGACUGAAACCUGUUGCAGCCAGAUACCUAAACCGGCCUUCUAUCUCGCUGGUCAACCUAGUUAAUAAAAUCACCACCAGGCGGACUGUGACGAGCGUCUCAGACACCACGUCGACCUACAGGGUGAGGAUCAAGGCCCCCAAGGCAGUGAGCAUCAGAGUGGUGCCAUCACAGUUUACCAUAGCGCCGGGGCAACGGGUCAGUUUCAAAGUGAAGGCUGUGGUGAAGAGGAAAUUCUGGAAUUUCAAGUACGGUAGCGUUACGUGGAAGGAUGACAAGGGGCAUUCUGUGCGCUCAGUUCUUGUUCUCCAUUGCAAACCUACUUGCGUGUACUUUUGCUAA